CCCGGCCCCGCUGCACCACGUACCAUAAUCCAGGUCCAGACCUGCCUCUCUACCUGUUCUCUGUCCGCCCUGCAGCCGAGCUUUUGCCGCCGUAGCCGCCGCAGCCGCCGCCGCCGCCGCAUUAGCCGAGCGAAAAACGGUCCGGUUUCCCCGCAUCCGCAUCCGCAUCCGCAUCCGUCACCCGAUCCACCUGCACGCGACGAGCCGACUACAGACUCACGAUCAGUGCCGGCGAAGAACCCGUCCUCUCUGGAUCAUCCUGACCGACGGCAAGUCUUACUGCUACAUUCGAUUCCCUCGUGAGUACGCGACGCGUUGCAACGAAUGAAGCACAAGGGUGACGCCAUGACUGUGAAGUCUGAGCAUACGUGGGACCGCUUAAGAAGCACCUCCCCCGAAUCCUCCCCGGCGAAAAUAACUCGCCUCACCUCUCCCCGCUCCUUGUCCUCUUCCACCUCCUUCCCGAUCGUCAAAACAUCCCUUAAUAACAUUCGGAAUCUUGUCAACGCAGCAACCAUGGACAAUAUGGACCCCAAACCAAUGCUCAACGACGAUCCGUCGGUCACGUUAACUAUUCGUCUCAUUAUGCAGGGAAAGGAAGUUGGCAGCAUAAUUGGAAAGAAAGGAGAAAUUGUAAAUAGGUUCCGUGAAGAGUCCGGUGCCAAGAUAAAUAUCUCAGAUGGCUCCUGCCCAGAACGUAUAGUCACUGUAACCGGUCCUACAAACUCGAUAUUCAAAGCGUUUACAUUGAUUUGCAAGAAGUUUGAAGAAUGGUGUUCCCAGUUCCACGAUAUUCAAGGGAGCGGCGCAGGUGGUGGCGGCGGCGUUCCAAGGCCGCCGAUCACUCUUCGGCUGAUAGUUCCUGCCUCGCAAUGCGGAUCUCUCAUUGGAAAGGGAGGAUCAAAGAUAAAGGAAAUUCGCGAAGUUACCGGCGCCUCUAUUCAAGUCGCAUCCGAAAUGCUACCAAACUCAACGGAACGUACAGUGACUAUCUCGGGCACCAGCGAGGCUGUCACGCAGUGCAUCUAUCAUAUCUGCUGUGUCAUGCUAGAGUCCCCUCCCAAAGGUGCCACGAUCCCUUAUCGCCCUAAACCCCAAGUUGGUGGGCCAGUGAUCCUGGCUGGUGGGCAAGCCUACACCAUCCAGGGUAAUUACGCGGUGCCCGCCCACUCGGACAUGGGCAAAUUGGGGAGCAAUCCUCUCGCUGGUCUCGCAGCUCUAGGUCUUGGAGGUCUCGCCACGCCUGCCAACACAGGCGGACUAAAUCCAGCUGCUUUAGCAGCACUCGCUGGAAGUCAGUUGCGAACUAGCAACACCAAUAGACAGCAGCCAGCGGCUAACAACCAGACGCAUGAGAUGACCGUUCCCAACGAGCUGAUCGGAUGCAUCAUUGGCAAGGGUGGCACGAAGAUAGCUGAAAUUCGUCAAAUAUCAGGGGCCAUGAUUCGCAUUAGCAAUUGCGAAGAGAGGGAAGGAGGAGCGACUGACCGCACCAUAACUAUCACUGGAAAUCCAGACGCGGUCGCUCUUGCACAAUAUCUCAUCAAUAUGAGGAUAUCGAUGGAGACAGCAGGAAUGGCGAUCCCAGCGUAUCAUUACAUAACACCGAACCACAUCGUUAAAUCUUCGAUUCACUAAAGACGGGCUCUACGGAAAGAGUUUGAAGAAGAAGCAAAUGUUGGAGAUGAAACAAAGAAACAGUAAAGAGUAAAAAGGAUAUACAUACACACACACACACACAUAUAUAUAUAUAUAUAUAUAUACAUGCAUAAAUAUAUAUAUAUAUAUAUGUGUAUAUAGCGAGACACAUAUAUACACAAUGCUGUCAAAGCGUUUGGGGCUGAGCCAAAAUUGUGUUCAUCCAACCAACUUUUUGCAGUAAUUAUUACGCGUAACGUGAGACGUUAUUACGUGGUUAAAUACGCGCAAACAAAUAUGAAACAUGUUGGAGCACUUUGUUGAAGUGUAAUAACUUGUAUAAAGUACGCAUUGCGACAUGAUGCUGCAGCCCCGCGAGCUGCUGCUGACGAUUGGUAAAGGGAACAAGCCAAAGAUAUGUUAGUUUUCAUUUUUAUAUAUUUAAACAAAGAUAAUGAAAAAAAAAAAUUUUAAAGUAAAAAGAGGACUAAGGAAAGGUGAAUGAGAAGAGGCCGAAGAGGAGGAAGGAAAAUAAUAAUUAGGAGAAGAAUGAUAGUAGUAAGAUAUUCGUGCGAGUAUUUCUAGACUGGUUGAUGUUAGACUGUUUUUUUUUUCUUUUUUUUUUUUUUUCUUCUUUUUAAUCGACAAAUGUGGCACAGUCGAAAUUCUACGGACACGCUCAACGUUGCUCGCGGUAAUUGGAUCUGUUUCUGACCGACUUGCAAUCAAUUUAUAAGAAUCGAGGAUCCUACUCUGGGUUCAAGCAAGUCUGGCGUGUCUUUUUUUUUUUUUUUUUUUCCCUUGUGAAUCGGGUUCCAAGGCAAGGAAGAUAGAGUUCUUCGGACUUAGGACAGAUUGUAACUGACAAGUCAAAUGUAGUGAAGAUUGUGCAAACAAAAGCAUCAAAGUAUGACUUGAGUUAAAUUUUGAGCACUAAGUACAUUUGAAAUCAGUUUUCUUCUUGCGUAGCCUGUCUGAAACUUGUAAAAAAGCGCCAGACACGCCGAAGAACUUUCGCGGAUUGAUUAGAAGUUUACGACCGAAUUGCAAUCUUCUAGCAACACUCGUAAAUUCACAACAAUAAACAGUUAACCUUGGUAAUAUUUUUUACAACUCAAUUACGACGAGCCGUCGAGCCUGCGAAUUGUGGAACUGACAACGAGUACAAAGUACUCAAAAUACGUCAUAUUUAUAUAAAAAUUGUAGUUGCGUAGCUUUUGCAUGCAAACUCAAUUCGAAAUUAUUAUUGUUGAUAGUUAUUAGUUACUAUUAUUAAUUAAUAUUAUUAUUAUACGGUGUUAUUUUAUACUUGUUAUGCAGUGUUCAAGGACACUCGAUGAUGAAGACCUUAUGUAUAUACGACUGUCUGACUUGGAUAAAAUGAUAUCAUUUUACUGCUACAAUACGUGUUUUACCUUGCGAAUGAUGAUGCGAAAUCAAUGAGCCGGCGUUAAUUAUACGAUUGACUUUAGCAAAAGGUAAAGAAAAAAAAGAAAGAAAAAAAAACAAACAAACAAACAAACAAACAAAACAAAAAACUAUAAUAGACUUGUGAACCAAAUAUUUACUCGUAUAUGCAUAUGAUGUUAACGACUACAAUUAUACGUACAUAUAAUAUAUGUUAUACGCGAAAGAAAAAAGAAUCAUUAAAUGAUUUAAUUUUUUCAAAUUACUUUCUUAUUGAAACGUUAAGUCAUUUUCGAGGCAAAAUUCAGUUGUCAAUACGAAGAAGACGAGGAGGAAGAAGAAGAAUAAGACGUGAAUAAAAAAAAAAAAAAAAAGUGACGACAAAUUGAAAGGAAAAACCAAACAAAAAAAUUAUUAUUAUCAUUAUUCUAUUAUUAUGUGAAGUAUGAAUAGUAAUAUAUAUUUAUUAUACAAUUAAAAAUUAGGAUAAAUGAAAACAAAAAAAAAAAAAAAGAAAAACAAAGAAAAAAAAAAGAAAUAUAAUAGCGAGAUAAAAGUGCGAAUUUAAAGCCUAAGUUCGAAAUACGAGGCGUUAUUUUCCCGCUCUCUCUCUCUCUCUCUCUCUCUCUCUCUCUCUAUCCAAUAUCAGUAUUUUGCGAGAUACACUUUAACGCAGCAUCUCAGGCAGAUUGAUUGCGAUUGUGGCAUAGUCUGAUUUUAACGUUAACGUGUGGAGAGAGAAAACCAAAAAAAAAAAACAAUAAUUUCAAUCACAUUGUAAUUCAUUGUU